AUGGGCAGCCUCGAGAGUCCCAAGUUCUACAACAUCAUCAAUGGCGAGAAGCGAUCCGCCUCCAGUUCUCACCAGGUGACCGACCCACGGACAGGACAGCCGCUCUGGGAUGCCCCAAUAGCUACCACGCAGGACCUCGAGGAGGCCAUCGAGGCCGCCAACAAGGCCUUCAAGACGUGGGGGCGGACGACCGUGGCCGAGCGCCAGGAUGCCCUCCGCAAGGUCGUCGACGUGGUGAACGGCAACCAGGCCGAGCUGGCCGAGUACGCGAUGCGCGAGACGGGCAAGUCGUCGCUGAUGGGCCAGAUCGAGAUCGGCAACACGGGCCGCCAGAUCGAGGCCAUCAUCAGCCAGGCGCUCGAGGACCACGUGCAGCACGAGGACGACAAGGUCAAGAUCGUCGCCACGCACCCGCCCCUCGGCGUCGUCGGCGCCAUCUGCCCCUGGAACUUCCCCGUCAUCCUGUCCACACUCAAGAUCGCCUCGGCCCUGAUCACGGGCAACUGCUGCAUCGUCAAGCCCUCGCCCUUCACCCCGUACGCCGUGCUGCGCCUGGUCGAGCUGUGCGUGCCCGUGCUCCCGCCGGGGGUGCUGCAGGCCGUCAACGGCGGCGCGGACCUCGGCGCCGUCAUGACCACCCACCCGGGCAUCGCCAAGAUCUCCUUCACGGGGCAGACCAGCACGGGCAAGAAGGUCAUGGCCAGCUGCGCCUCGACCCUCAAGAAGGUCACCCUCGAGCUGGCCGGCAACGACGCCGCCAUCGUCUGCCCGGACGUCGACGUCGCCGAGGCCGUCACCAAGACCUCCACGGGCGCCUUCUUCAACGCCGGCCAGAUGUGCGUCGCCACCAAGCGCAUCUACGUCCACGAGGACAUCUACGACGACUUCCUCGACCGCUUCGUCGCAGAGACCCGCGACAAGUUCCGCAUCGUCGAGGACGCCGGCGUGCCCACCAUCUUCGGCCCCGUCUCCAACAAGCUGCAGUACGACACCGUCACGAGGGUGAUCGCCGACGCGAAGCAGCGGGACCUGCGCGUGGAGGCCGUCGACGCUGACAAGGUCCCCGCGAGCGGAUUCUGGGUUCCUGCGACGGUGGUCGUGAAUCCUCCGGAGGACGCCCUGGUAGUGCAGGAGGAGCAGUUCGGCCCCGUCAUCCCGAUCCUCAAGUGGCGCGAAGAGGACGACGUCCUCUCCCGCGCGAACCUGGACAACGCCGGCCUCGCCGCCGCCGUGUACGCCAAGGACCUCGCCCGCGCCGAGAGCCUCGCGCGGAGGAUCGAGGCCGGCUCCGUCUACAUCAACACCUUCGAGCUGCCCAACGAGAACGCCUACUUCUCAGGGAUGAAGGACAGCGGCCUGGGCGGCGAGAUGGGCAAGCAGGGCCUGCUCAGCUACUGCUACACGCAGAGCCUGCAUUUCUCCAAGGUGUAG